UUAAAGAGCAAUCGUGAUGAAUAUUGAAAAGCGAAGGAAGCAGUAGACAGGUAUAUUCAAUGACUGAUUUAAAUACAUCGACACUAGAAGCCAUUACUGUGGGCAUUAGUUCGCAAAUAACUGAUGCAGAUGAGAGUAAAACUGAGGAUGAAAAGCCGGUUGAAAUGAUUAGUGAACAAAUUGGUACCGCUUCGUUGCUGUACAGUAACUUGACUACAACAAUCAGUGAAUCGUCUCUCAAGAUAUCUUCGUCGAUCAGUGAAUCAUCUCUCAAGAUAUCUUCGUCGAUCAGUGAAUCGUCUCUCAAGGUAUCUUCGUCGCAAGAAAUCGAUGAAGCUCAAGCGAAUGCCGAAACGGCUAUUUUAUCGGAAAUUGGAAGUAUGCCAUCAUCGACUUUGGCAUCUGAAGAAGGAGUUACAACACCACCGCCAUCACCAACAACAAGGAAAACCUCAGUCAAACCAAGUUUGUUUUCAUUAGCUCAAGUUUCACAUAAACUCGGUGAACUUUGGUCAAGCGCACGAGAACGCGUUUUUGGUGAAGAUUAUUGGAUACCUUCCGAUUGUUAUGAAGUAGUGCCAUUUCCGGUAGAGUUGUUGCGAGCUCAUAAUUCCGUCUAUCCUCACAGUAAUAGCAAAAAGGGACUGCGCGUUGUACAGGGCACACUGAAGAAUCGACCUGCAGCACCACUAUUCCAUGUGCUAUUUUCGAAGGAAAAUGAAGAAAAAAACGAUAAUAGACGAGAAGAGGUUGAAUUGCUUGUUACUGUAAGCAUAUUCCGAACCCAUGAAAUUCAAGAAGCUAUCGAUUUAUGUAAUCGGUGCUAUGAUUGUGAAGCACUGUUUAUGCUGCUCGACAUGCAGAGUGAUAAUCGUAGGCUAGUACGAGAUUUGGUAACUGCGCUGCGUGCGCAUCCACUCUGGCUAAUUGUUCCAAUCGCAAUCGCUACGAAUCGGACCGAUUUUUUUGCAGAUGAAAGCAUUAAAAGGUUUCAAGCGACAAAUGAGGGUUUAUUUGAUGUGAUGCUUCAAGUAACUGCACAGCCGGAAGGUCGUUAUCCGUUAAUGCUUGCGAUCGAAAUGCACCGCUUGGAAAUCGUUCGAAGACUUCUGGAACUUGGUGCCGACCCGGCAGCACGAGAUAUUAAAGGGAAUAAUUCAUUACAUUAUGCAGCCUUAGCAUCGGUGACUAUGUUAGAAUUGCUUUGGGAAUUUGAUAAGACGCAUUCUCUUUUGAAUACAACCAAUCACGAUGGAUAUACUCCUGUACUGAUUGCAAUCCGGAAUGCAAAUCCACGGAUAGUAUCAACUUUGAUCUCACAUGGUGCUGAAGUCAAUAUUCGUGUUGCUGGUCGAUCUCCACUUUUUGAAGCGAUGCAAAGUAAAGGAAAAUCAGCGGAAGUAAUCCGGACAUUACUUGAAGCUUCUCCCAAAUUACUGCAUGAAAAAGAUCCAGCUACAGGGAACACAAUAUUACACGCAGCACAGUUUAAAACACCGUUAAUGGGAUUACUAUCCCUUAAACACAAGGAACUUGAUCUGAAUGCUCGAAACAAUGCUGGACAGGCACCGAUUCAUAUGUACGUCAGUAAAGGUGAUGUUGGUAUGGUUAUGAGUUUGUCGUCCUAUAAUUGCGAUUUGAAUGUGCCAGAUCGAAGUGGUGAUACCGCUCUUCAUUUAUCUGUUUCAAGAAGGGACCUAUUAAUGACUCGAUUGCUUCUCUGCUUAGGCGCUGAUCCAAACGUAAAAAAUAAACAUGGUGAGACUCCGCGACAUCUUGCUUCUAAGCUUCAGGAAUGGGAUUUGGUAAAAAGUCUUGCAAUUUGUGGUGCACGUCGCUGUGAAAGUGGAGGGAAAAGUGGAUGUGUUUCUGGAUGUGUGAACGGCAAGAAGCUGGAUGAAAUGAAGGAUGUUUCAUGGUCAUUGAUAGAAAGUGCUGAAAAUUAUAUGAUUCCUCGAACUGGUAGUUCUGCCUUCAUGGAUGACCUGGAAACAUCCGUAGAUGUUAAAGUCAGCAACUCUAUUCAGGAUUUUAAGCAGAAGUUUUGUUACGAACAAAUGAUGAAGAAAUUGGAAGAAUUAGUAGUAAAGAAGGAAAUACCAGAUUUUGUGAACUUAUUGUCACUUGAUGGUGGUGGAAUUCGUGGUCUUGUUAUCAUACAAAUGCUACUGGAACUUGAGAAAGUAAUGGGAGAACCAUUUUUUUCAUAUUUUGAUAUGGUUGCUGGUACCUCUACAGGUGGAAUCAUUGCUGCUGCUUUAGCUUUAGGGAAAACAUUGCGUGAAUGUCAGCAAAUUUAUUUGCGUCUAAAGGAUCUUGUUUUUGACAGUUGGACCCGACCGUAUAAUACGGCUUUAUUAGAAUUAUUUAUACAAGCAGAAGUUGGCACAGAUAUGACCCUCGCUUCUAUACCUUGGCCUAAACUAAUUUUGACAACAGUACGGGCAGAUUGUUUCCCAGUGCGUUUGGAAUUAAUGCGAAAUUUUCGAUUACCUUUGUCAGACGAAGAAAAUUCAUCCCUUGGAUAUACCGAUCCUGCUGAUACUUUACUGUGGAAAGCACUACGACGAACUUCAGCAGCACCAACAUAUUUUAGUUCCGUUGAUAAUAGAUAUAUUGAUGGCGGUAUUAUUUCAAAUAAUCCCGCCUUAGAAUUGCUUUCUGAAUUAGCAUUUUGGAAUACUACUAAGCAUUUUUUGACAAGUUCAGAAAAUAAUGCCAUGCAGCUUGGUUGUUUGUUAAGCGUCGGUACCGGUGUUAUACCAACAAUGCCUUUAUCAACAUCAAAUUUGGAAAUCUCAUCAAACCCAUACUCUUCCGCUGUUGCCAUCAAGAAUUUGGGAGUUAUACUCGUCGAGCAGGUAACUGCAACGGAAGGAGCGCCAGUUGAACGAGCCCGUUCUUGGUGUCACAGCAUGAAUGUGCCGUUUUUUCGACUUUCUGCACCACUGCAUAAAGAUAUCCCCAUGGAUACGCGGGAUGACACUGAUAUAGCACGUAUGAUGUGGGAUUGUGUGCAGUAUUGCAAUACGAUGCGUUGUGAAAUGGAAAAACUACGUGAACUUCUCAGAAAGCUGGGGCCGUCUUGGCGCCGACGGCACCUUUUCGAAACCGGCAAAAGUGAAAAUGAUACAGAAUUGUAAAUGACGGAUCGUUCGGGUUUGCUGUAAUUGAGCAGCCAUUUAACCUGUGUAUAUUUCGACUCUCAUUUCAUACAUCGAAGUCUGAGUAUUUGUUCGUUGAUGUCAAGGAUCCAGUAGUUAAUGGACCAGGUUUGAACCACCGAAAUAAAUUCACUUCUUAACUCAUUUUUUUUAUCUCUACUCCAUUUCAUAUAUAUUGUUGUGAUGUUCACAAAAAUUUAUUUUUUAUUGGUGGCGUUCAGUCCGGACAUAAGCACUGU